UAUAUAGAUAGAUUUUAUUACAUGAUGCAGGAACAGGACUGACAACAACAGAACAACAGCUAAGGAAAAAACAUGCUGCGGCAUUGGCACGUGUCUUUCUUAUCAUUCUGCUUCUUCUUCUUGUUUCUCUUCCUCUUUUUAUGGACUCCUUAUGAUGAAAUCUCUGCAACAAGAACGUUCUCCGUUGAUUUAAUCAACAAAACCUGCAAAACAUGUUCCGAUAAAUCUACCGUUUUCAACUACACGUUCUGCUCGGCAUCUCUCCAGGAAAUCCCAGUCAGCCGUACCACAAACCUUCAAGGUCUAGCAAUAGUUGCAAUGGAGUUAGCUUUACAAAAUGCGACUCACACGCUUUCUGUCAUUAAAGAGUUGCGGAGAAACGAAACGUGGGGUCAUCCAUUUGCUUCGGCUUGCUUGAGGGACUGUGAUGUGCUUUACUCCGACGGGGUUAUCACCCUGGUGGAUGCUGUUGCGGCGUUUUUAGAAGGCAAAUAUGGGAGUGCUGGUGCUUGGUUGACUGCGGUUAUGGACGGAGCGACUACGUGUGAGGAAGGGUUUGGGGAUAUGGAAGAAGCGUCGCCAUUGACGGAACAGAAUUACAGUGUUUUCCAGUUAUGUGAUGUUGCUUUAUGCAUCGUCAACUUGCUUGUUUCACAUGCAUAGCUUCUUAAAUCAUAAGAAUUACAGUCUCUGCUCCCUCUAGUUUUCAAUUAUAA